AUGCAACCAGAUCAUGCGUCCAUGACGUGUGACUGCUCGCCCGAGAUAUUGCGAAUCGUCGCCGCCAUUCACGAGAGCACCUGUCCGCCUACGCCCAACGACAGCAACCACACCAUCUCCCUGAGCGAUGUGCUUGGCACCGGCCGCCUGCUGGUUCGCAAUUGGGAGCGCCUCAACGGCUGCUUCAACGCCUCCUCCCACCUGGACGCCGCAUUAUUGAGGGCCAUCGCAGACGCGGCGAACGGCCUCAUAGGGUUGUACGAGUAUGUGGGUACGGCAGCCAGUAUCCUCCCACCCAUCGGCCGGGCCACCAACCGAGAACGAGGGACGAGUCAGAUGGCGACUAGCAGUCCCUGCACGACAAGCACGCCGUCCCAGUCCACCUCAGGCAGUAACAACACCCUGGGCUGCCUGGUUCCGGUCCAAUCACCCACCUACCUUGGCACACACUCCCUUGACGAGGAGGAGGCGAUCAUGGUGGGCCGCGAAGCACUGCGUCAUUCCGUCUUGUUGCUUGGCGAAGUUCUCCACGACAUCAGUAAGGACUUAGAAGAGCUGAGAGACAGUGAUAUGGAUGACACGCGAGCCAAAUUAGAGAAGACUUCGGCCGACCUACUACGAUUACUUGGUCGAAUCAAUACGUAG